UGCCCGGAGGAGGACGGCGGCUGCGGCGGCGGCGGCGGCGGCAGCGUAGCCGGCACCGGUGGCCCCGAGGAGGCGGCUGCGGUGGCGCUGGACGAGCUCCGCUCCUGGUGGGAAGUCCCGGCCAUCGCGCACUUUUGCUCGCUCUUCCGCACCGCCUUCCGCUUGCCCGACUUCGAGAUCGAGGAACUGGAAGCUGCUCUUCACGGGGAUGAUGUGGAGUUUAUCAGCGACCUGAUCGCUUGCCUUCUUCAAGGUUGCUAUCAGCGCCGAGACAUCACAUCCCAGACAUUUCACAGCUACCUGGAGGACAUCAUCAACUACCGCUGGGAGCUGGAGGAAGGGAAGCCCAACCCUCUGAGGGAGUGCACUUUCCAGGAGCUGCCCCUGCGCACGCGGGUGGAGAUCCUGCACCGCCUCUGCGACUACCGCCUCGACGCAGACGAUGUCUUCGACCUCCUCAAGGGCUUGGACGCCGACAGCCUGCGCGUGGAGCCGCUGGGCGAGGACAGCAGCGGCGCCCUGUACUGGUACUUCUACGGCACCAGGAUGUACAAGGAGGAGCCGGUGCAGGGCAAACCCAACGGGGAGCUGGCUGCAGACAGGGUAUGUGGGGGGCAGACAAACACCCCAAAUGUUCCUGGGAAAACGGGCAAGAGACGAGGGCGACCUCCAAAGCGGAAAAAACUACUGGAGGAAAAUUUGCUGAGGGAGAAGGCAGAAGAAAGCUUGCUUAUCCACGAGACUCAGAUAAGAAAUGGGUCCCAGGGGCCUGGCCGUGGGACAUGGUGGUUGCUGUGCCAGACGGAAGAGGAGUGGAGGCAGGUCACAGAGAGCUUCAGAGAGAGGACUUCCCUUAGAGAGAGGCAGCUCUACAAACUCUUGAGUGAAGACUUCCUGCCGGAGAUCUGCAACAUGAUUGCGCAGAAGGAGAAGCGUCUGCAGCGGACAGAGUUUUCUCCCAGGUGGAUGUCUGACCAUCAGCCCAUCAAACCAAUCAAGCAGGAGGUAAACCCAAAUGUGCUGAGCUCAAUGGAGAAGCAGAGGCGCAGAGAGGAAGAGGAGGAGCGCCAGAUCCUUUUAGCAGUGCAGAAGAGGGAGCAGGAACAGCUGCUAAAGGAGGAGAGGAAGAGGGAGAUGGAGGAGAAGGUCAAAGCAGUGGAAGAACGGGCCAGGAGGAGGAAACUUCGUGAAGAGCGGGCAUGGCUGCUGGCGCAGGGGAAGGAGCUGCCCCCUGAGCUUUCCCAUUUGGAUCCCAGUUCCCCUGGCAGGGAAGAGCGAAGGACCAAGGACAUCUUUGAACUGGAUGAUGAGUUCACAGCCAUGUACAAAGUUCUAGAUGUGGUGAAGGCUCACAAGGACUCUUGGCCCUUCUUGGAGCCCGUUGAUGAAUCGUAUGCUCCCAACUACUACCAGAUCAUUAAGGCCCCCAUGGAUAUCUCCAGCAUGGAGAAGAAGUUGAAUGGAGGUCAGUACUGCACCAAGGAUGAAUUUGUGGGUGAUAUGAAGACCAUGUUCAGGAACUGUCUUAAGUACAACGGCGAAGGCAGUGAGUAUACAAAGAUGGCUUACAACUUGGAGAGGUGUUUCCACCGAGCAAUGAUGAAGCACUUCCCUGGGGAAGAUGGAGACACAGAUGAGGAGUUUUGGAUCAGAGAGGACGGGAGACGAGAGAAGAGGAGCCGGCGGACCGGCCGCUCCAGCACAGGCAGCGUCUGGACUCGAUCACGAGACCCAGAUGGGCCUGGCAAGAGACAGCAACGCCUGGAAAACGGAGGAAAACCUCCACCAUAUCGAGCUGCUUCCAGGGCUCCCGCUUCUUCCUCCUCUUCCUCCUCCUCCUCCUUCUCCUCGUCCUCUGUGGAUGACCCAAGUGGCAACCCCAUGCAGGCUGCUCGAGAAGUGGGCCCUUCCAACGGGCGAGGCUUCCCCCGCUCCCUGCAGUACGGCGGCAUGCCCAGCCCUGUGCCACAUCCUGGACAGAUGAGACCAGCGGUGCCAGGAACCUUCGGCCCUUUGCGUGGGUCCGAUCCCACCAAACUGUACGGCUCUCCGCGAGUGCCCGAGCCCCAUCCCGGAGACCCAGUGCAGCAGCACCAGCACUUUGCCAUGCAGCCGGCCGUGGGACUGAGCGAGCAUCGCGGGCACCGCCUGGGCACUCCGGAGAAGCAGGCGUGUGCGGCGCCGGCCCACGUGGCCGGGCUGGGCCCCCGCCUGGGCUCCCUGCAGCUGGGCCGCCCGCCCGAUGGUGUCUACCCACCGGCCCAGUUCCAGCAGGGCUUCCUCCCGCCACGGCACAACGGGCCCCCGGGGAAGGCGCCGGAGGGCUCGGAGCUGCCCCCGGGACACAUGUACCGGCCCUACAAGUACCUGAACCGCGCGCAUCCGGCCCUGUGGAACGGCAGCCACGCCGGCCAGGCGGCUGUGGGGCCGGAGGAGAAGGCGCCCAUGGGGCCAGGGCCCUCACUGCAGCCCCGGGUCCUGGGUCAUAUGAUGGACCCUCGGGCCAUGAGGCCGCCACUGCCGCCAAGCCAGUGGAGCGAGCAAUCAAAUUUCCUACCUCACGGGGUGCCUCCCUCAGGGUACAUCCGACCGCCCGGCAAAGGCGCCGGCCAGAGGAUGCCGCAGCCGCCGGCCGCUCUCUUUGGGGGCCCACCCCAGGUUCAGAGAGGGUGCCAGGGCGGGGACUCCAUGCUGGACAGCCCGGAGAUGAUCGCCAUGCAGCAGCUGUCAUCCCGUGUGUGCCCGCCGGGUGUGCCUUACCACCCCCGCCAGCCGCCCCCGCCGCACCUCCCCGGGCCCUUCCCCCAGCUGGCCCAUGCUGCCUCUGCCAGCAGCCAGCCCCCAAAACCCAUGGGGAAUGGGAGCUCACAGGAUCCAACCGGGCAGACCAUGGACAUGGACAGCAGCCAAGUGGAUGCGCUGGCAGGCAUGGACGAGAAGGCUCAGUGCAUCAGCAUUCCCGACGGGGCCUACGCCAAACUCCUACCUCAUCCCAAGCCCCCGCUGCCCAUGGAGUGCACCAGGCGCGCCGUGCCCCCGGAUGGGGAGGGGGAUGGCCCCCCUGGGAAGGGCGACCUGAAGGCAGGGCAGGGCAAAGGCGCGUGGUCAGCAGAGAGCGGCUACGCCAGCGACCCGGGCUGCGUGAGGGACCUGGGGCCCGCCUCCGAAAGAGGGGGUGCCCUGCCUCAGAACGGGGCGGCGGGCGAGGGGCCGGCAGCUGGCCCCGAGGGGAAGGGGCCGGCUGCCAACCUGCUGGAGAAGCCCCUGUGCAGUGGGGGAAAGGCUCUGCCCGAAGCAGCCGUGCCUUGCAUGGGACAGGGCACCGGCCUCCCUGGCAUGGACACCACCUCCAUGGGGGCCGCCCCCAACCAGUUUCAUCCUCUCUACAUGUCCGGCCUGGAAUACCCGAAUUCAGCUGGGCGGUACCACAUCAACCCAGGCCUGCAGGGGUUCAGCCCCGUCAUGGGGGGGAAGCCACCUCCUCCUGCCUCCCACCCCCAGCAUUUUCCCCCGCGGGGUUUCCAGCCGAGCGGUGCCCACCCCGGUGUCUUCCCGCGGUACCGGCCGCCCCAGGGAAUGCCGUAUCCGUACCAGCCGCAGCCCCAGCCCUCCUACCACCACUACCAGCGACCGCCCUACUACGGCUGCCCGCAGGGCUACUCGGACUGGCAGAGACCUCUCCACGCCCAGGCCAGCCCCAGCGGGCACCCCAGUGUCCCCCCGUCCCUGGGCAGGCCCCCUUUCCCGGAGCGGGGCCUGCAGGGCUGCGAGGCGCUGGGCGCCGCCAUGGCCUCUCCCAACCGCGUGGACGCAGCCAGUGCCAAAGAGGUUUCUCCGAGCAACGGGCAGGAGCUGGGGCCUGAAGAUGAGAAGUCCGAGGAGUCCCAGGAAAGAGCGGAGAGUCCCAAAGAGUUUCUUGAUUUGGACAACCACAAUGCAGCCACUAAGAGGCAGAGCUCAGUGGCAGCGGGGGAGUUCCUCUACGGAGCCCCUCCGCCACACCUGGGUGCGGGGAUGGGAUUCGGCCCGUCGGCUUUCCCUCCCCAUGGGGUGAUGCUACAGACUGGCUCUCCUUAUGGAUCCCGGCAUCCUGCCAGCCACUUCCAGCCCAGGACCUAUGGAUCACCCAUGAAUGCUCACCUGUCUCACCAUCCAGCCUCCGGCCAGGCCAAUGGUCUCUCUCAGGAGGGUCCCCUGUACCGCUGCCGAGAGGAGAACGUGGGUCACUUUCAGGCCUUGCUGAUGGAUCAGAGAGGCAGUGGAGGUGGCAUGGGGGGGCCACCCCAGGACUUGUAUAGACCCUCGGGAAUGCAAAUGCAUCAGGCUCAAGUUCCUUUCCCGAAGAUGCCUACAGCAACCAUGGCCCGGGAAGAUUUGACAUCACAAAAACCAUCAGCGUUGCCUCUGGAUCAAAGCUAGUCCAAGAAAGGACAGACUUCAUGAAGACGAAAGCCACAGAUGACUUGGACAAGGGAGAGGAGGGGCAGGCCCUGCUCCCACCCUCCCCUCGCCCAGCAGCAUGGAGCUUCCCGGGUCCAUGGAGCACGGCGCCGUGCCGGAUUUUGUGCUGGAAACCCGCAGAGGUGCUGGGCCCAGCCAGCCAAGCAGCUGGAUCACCACACAGGGCACCCCAAACUAGUGGCUUUCUGUGACAGGAGACUGCGUCUCAUUCAGGGUUUGAGGGAUUUUUUGGGUGGGGAGGGCGGGGGUGGGGGUGGAAACUUUCAUUGACUGCUAAACUCAGGUAUAUUUUUCAGGGUGGAAGAGGACGAUGAUGGAAUUUUACUUGUAGUAUUAACGUGUGUGUUUUGGAGCUGGAUCCAGUUUACAGAAUUUAACCUGUUGCCUUUCUGAAUAAAUUUCUGUUGUUGGUGAAUGUAUUGUACAUAAUGGGGGAGGGGGUGGGCCCAGCUU